CACAAAAUAAGUGUUUCUCGUGCUUUUUCAUGAAGAUUCAAGCAUUUCUUCUGUCUUCUACCAUCAAUUCUUAUGUAGGAAAAUGCUUAAGGCGAUCAUUAGGAGUAAGAACAACAAGCAGCAGUUUUAUUAGCCUCAGUAGCUGUCACCUCAAACUUAAACUUCCAACUAAGACAUGAAAUUUAUUUCCAAACAGUCAAAUUAUAGCUGUCUUUAUCUCCCAGAGUGUUCUAGCUGAUAACAACAUGUGAGAAACCUUAAUCUGAGACUUUUGGUAAUUAUCAUGGACGCUUUCAAGACCCUAAUCAGCUCGGAGCCACCUUAGAUUUGAAUAUCCAGACAUUAUAUUUAGUCCAAACAUUG